AUGGCUUUUAUCCGCUGGCUCAGUCAGUCAGGCUUUUUCAUUAUAUCAACAUCAACGGAAUCAAGCUUGCAGAUUACUAAUUGUACAAACUUGCAGCUUGCACCUAACACUGCUAAAUUGAGUUAUUUAAAUAAAACUGACGAUCCUCAUGAUCCUGAGACUUUGAAAGAGUGUGGAACUGUUCUAAAUUGGAAAGGCGAAAACUUAAGUCAAAAAUGUUUUAACACCUUUGGUAACCUUGCAGAGUAUCAACAGAAUCAAACUUUAAUUGAAAUAAACAUAAACAAACUAGGAUUUCUUAGAGCAGUCGAUAAAAACGCAAGCACCAUCACUAUAACGCAAUAUUCGGUUGAUGUUAAUGGAAAUUUAUUAAUGUUGAUGGAUAACAAUAUUAGAAUAGAUUCAGCCGCUAAAGUUAUCCUUUUGACGUCAUUGGCCACCGCUGAUGAAGGUUAUGCAAUAUUAUAUGCCAAAUAUUUAUCCGAUAAAUCCGAUUUUAUGAGUUCACUUGGUGGAUUAUAUGUCAGCUUUAUAGGUUACAAUACAACUAAUACAGCUUCCAUGGGCAAUCCUAUCCUUCUCCUUCAAAUAACUAAAGAAGGAAUGCUAUUUGAUGCUGUUCAUUGUAAUGCAUGUUUUGGAUUAUGUUACUUUUGUGUUGUUUCCAUCGUCUACAACAAAAUAAUGCACUAUGAAGAAAUUAUAUUUUGUUCAGUAACAAUUAUAGGCUCCGGACAAUUAUUCAAUACUCCCAAUGAAACUGGUGUGCCCUGGAAUGUUGUGUCUUCAACACCUGUCGGCGGAUACGUAUUUUCUGCUGUAGAUAAUGCCAACCACUUAAUUUAUAUCUAUGACAUUGAACGUCAUACAAAUUAUUCGAAAGUUAAUUUGACAUAUUUUGGUACAGCUGGUAUUGGCACAUAUAGCAUUUUGAAAAAUAAUAACUCCCUUUUAUUCUCUCUACGAGAUAUAAAUGGUAAAAAUACAUCUUGGUCUUUACUUGCUGUUCAGUUACCUGAAACACUAAAUUGUAUGUUUAUAAAUACUUAUUCAUAA